AUGAGCGUCAGAGUGGUCGCCCGGAUCCGGCCUCUCCUCAAGUCAGAACUCGAAAAAGAUCAGAUUGUUACGAGCCACGCCGCGACAGAUGACGGGCCGACAAUUGUCAAAAUACCCAACCCCAAGAACUUCGCCGAGGAGUUCAGUUUUCAGUUCAACAGUGUCUACGAACAGGAAUCCACCCAGCAAGAACUGUUUGAAGCAGAAGUCGCACCCACCAUCAAACACCUCUUCCUUGGUUACGAUGUCACAAUCUUCGCAUAUGGGUCGACGGGGACCGGAAAGACACACACAAUGCGAGGUGGAAAAUCACUGGGAGAUCGGGGCAUGAUUCCACGAAUGCUUAGCAACAUUUACAGAAAGAGUAGAGCUCUCGAGAAAAGCACCAACGGCGACACAAAAGCAGCCGUUUCCAUGAGCUAUUACGAGAUAUACAACGACCGAGUCUAUGACCUAUUUGAGCCACCCGACAAGCGAACACCAACAGGUCUGCCCAUCAGAGAGGCGGAAGGUGGCAAGACCGUCGUGGUAGGAUUGACAGAAGUCCCCUGCGGUUCGCUGAAAGACUUUGAGGUUCUCUACGACAAGGCCAACGCUAACCGAAGCACUGGCGCAACCAAGCUCAAUGCCCAUUCAUCUCGCUCACAUGCCAUUCUCUGCGUCAAGUUGACCGUCACAAGUCCAACCGAGACAAGAGUCAGCGUGGCGUCUGCUAUUGAUCUGGCUGGCUCCGAGGACAACCGCCGGACAGGAAAUGGCAAGGACAGGAUGGUCGAGUCAGCAAGCAUCAACAAAUCACUCUUUGUGCUCGCUCAGUGCGUGGAAGCUAUUGCAAAGAAACAACCGCGUAUCCCAUACCGAGAGUCCAAAAUGACACGAAUCCUGUCACUCGGUCAAAACAAUGGCUUUACCGUCAUGAUCCUGAAUCUUGCCCCAGUCAAAGCAUACCACCUCGACACAUUAAGCUCGUUGAAUUUCGCCAAUCGCACCAAGAAAAUCGAGGUCCGCGAAGUCGAAAACGAUCCCAUCUUCAAAGGCCCCCCGCGGCAAGUUUCUGGGGCAUCUCUAGGCGGCCCGACAAUACAACGCCAACCGCUUCGGCCACUCACAAACAGCAUCAAUGUGAAUCUGAUAGCCACCAAGGAUGCCGCGGGCAAGAACGAGAAGCCUCCAAAAGCCUUCUCUGUGUACUCUGAUCGAUACAGGCCGUCGAUUCCCAAGCCGGUGACCCAGAAAUCUCCACCCCUUAAACGCACCGCAGACACCUCCUUCACCGGGUCCACUCGACCAGCCAAAGCCUCCCGGCCAACACCAAGCUUCAUUCGCCGCGGACCAGAGCCAGCCAACUUGACAAAAGCAUCGAUCGAGAGCCUGGUAGAGCAAAAGGUAUCCGAGAUUCUCGCUGCGCGCGCUCUCAAUGCCCCUGAUCCUCUUCCUACCAAGACGAUAUCCGAAGAAGUGCAGCGCCGUCUGGACAGUAUCGAAAAGCGACUCGAGGGACAAGAGGGAGAGCGUGCGGAAGGCUUGAGCUACCUGUUCAUGGCGAAGCAACAUCAGGCUCGUGGCGAGGAUGGCAGUGCGUUGAAGAUGUACGAGUUGGCACGACCUUAUUUCCCCGACAACCAAAAGCUGGAAAGCAAGAUUGAGAGAUUGAAAGAGAAGAUGGCUCGGAAAAGAGAGGAGGUUGAAGAGCCUCCACAUAAGCCCGAGGAGUCUGUAGCGAGGGACGCACGUACUGAAGAUCGAAACGGUCAACACCACGACGAUGACGAUGACGAGAGCUACCAUGAUGACGGCGAUGCCGAGUCAGCGUACAACGAUAGUGACGCAGAUGACAACGGCAGCACAUCUCGGCGCGCCGGCCGAUGGAGGAAGCCCACCAAACCGAAGCGAAAACGAAUCUCUUCUCCAGACCCACUUGCUCAACAGGACGGGAGCACUGCCAUCUUGACUCCUCGGACGAGAUAUCUAAUUGACGUGCUGAACAGCCGGGAUGUGGCGAGGAUCAAGUCUCUGAGCGGUCUGGGCGCAAAGAGGGCCGAGGGAAUCGUCGACUUUCUCAACGGCGAUGGCAACGAUGACGACGGCAGAGAAGGGGCCGGGACGACUUUACAUUCUUGGACCGAUUUGACGAGGUUGCGCGGCAUAGGGAAGAAGACGCUCGAGACGAUGAGGGAAGGCGUCAUUGUCUAG